AGCAAAGGAGUCAGCCCCGGGACGCUCAAGGUGAAGGAUCCCUGAGUCAUUCUUGUGGCGAUCUCUGCUGCCCGAUAAAUGUAUGCAAUAUGGACCAUACCCUGGGCUGCUUCUGGCGUCUCUUGUGGACUCUGAUGCUGUUGCGUUUGCCGCCACAAGGAAUCCAUGGAUUCUUCCCCAACUUCUGGUCUCGCGCCAUGUCUUUUGCCUGGGGUUCCAUCACCCACCAAGACAUGACUGAGGAGGCCAUUCUCAACAUCACCUUACGCCUCUUCAUGGAGAUGCCUCAUCCGAAGGGGAAGUGCAUCCGAGAGGAGGACUUCAAGGACAGGACCCUCCUGGCUGAUGACAUCUUUGCAGCUUUCUUUGGUCCUAAGGUAUCAGCCAAGCGUUUCCGUGGGGCCAUUGCCCAGGUAGCCAAUGCCAAUGCCGCCAUGGACUUCCUGAACACCACGCGAGAUGACCCGGUGCUUCACUUCGAUUCUGAGCUCAUCCACUCUGCCAACGCCUGGCUUUUGCAAGCUCGCAAGGAGAUCUUGCAAGCUGUGCACUCUGAGCAGUAUGGCAUCGCCAGAGAAAAACUAGGACAGCUGCUGCAUACGUUACAGGAUUUUUAUAGUCACAGCAACUGGGUAGAACUUGGGCACCAGCAUAUUCACCCACACCUGCUGAAACCAGGCCGGGAAAUCAAAUCAAUUGCAGAAGCUGACAUCCAGACUUGCAGCAGCUGUUCUUACUGGACAUGUGAAGGAAACCUCUUAGAAGGCCUUGCUGCUAAAGGACUUUUGACCACUGGUUACUAUGGUACCCGGCCUGAAAAACCAAUAGGGAAGUGCAGUCACGGUGGGAAAUUUGACGACAGCCGCCACAGAGAUCCUCAUGGUGGGAUCAAUAAGGAUAGUUCAUCCUUGUUCUUCUCGCCCCACCACUAUCUGCACAGUGAAGCAGCUGCCCUGGCCCAGGAGGCUUCGACGCACUUCCUGGAGAUUCUGUGGCGGGAAAUUGGGAACAAGCAGUUCAUGAGGUUGUUAGAUAUCAGUCCAGCCACAGGCUUGAGCUUUGUUGUGGACACCACUGGGAGCAUGGGAGAAGAGAUCAACGCGGCCAAAUCCCAGGCACGAAGGAUCAUUGACUCACGCCGUGGCACCCUUCAAGAGCCAGAUUUCUAUCUCUUAGUGCCGUUCAACGACCCUGAUUUUGGCCCUGUGCUUAAGACCAGCGACUCACAAAAGUUCUGGGAAUUCCUCGACACCAUCAGUCCUUUAGGUGGCAAGGACGAGCCAGAAAUGUGCCUUUCUGCACUUGAGCUCGCCCUCCAGAACUCACCUCCGUACUCCGAGAUCUUUGUCUUUACUGAUGCAUCAGCUAAAGAUGCUCACCUCAAGAACAGUGUGGAAGCCCUUAUCCAGGAACAAAAAUGCAAGGUGACCUUCCUAAUCACAGAAGAUCCAUCCAGAACCCGGGUGAAACGGGAAACUCUUGCCCCAGACCGAUUCAACCUCUAUAUAAACCUAGCUCACAGCUCGGGCGGCCAGAUCAUAUUUACGAACAACGAGAACAUCCGACGAGUGGCUGAAAUCAUUGGUGAAUCCAGCGUAUCUUCGGUGACCCUCUUCUACCACCAAAAAGGAACCAGCUUCAAACUGGAAGGCUCACACAAGAGGUCAAGAAGGCAAGCGACAAAACAGGAGGUUCACUCAUUUUGGAUUGACAGCCUAGUUGACAAUGUAGUCAUAACCAUCCAAGGUGCCAUUUGGGCCUUCGCCAUCCGGGAUCCUGCAGGUUCAACCCAGACUUCUACAUCCCUUCAUGGUCCCUUAGCUGAGGUCCAGUCCAUUGGAGGCAUCUACAGAGUGUUGCUUUUUUCUCCUGUCCGUACCGGAGAAUGGACGUUGAUGCUUCAGUCGAAAGGCAACUACUCUAUACACAUCCAGGGUCAGAGCACCCUUGACUUCCUGCACUAUUUUGCUGUCCAAGUGGAUGGACGGCACCCUGGGCUUUUAAAAAUGGACAGUAGCCCCAUAGAAGGUGUUCCAAUAUACCUGGUUGUUACGGCAAUGGGCUUGAGCCAACCGGAGUCUGGCUCGGUUCAGCUACAGGCCGUGAACUUAGCAGGGAAGACGGGCAGCCUCGGGGAGCUGAGCUUGCAGAAAGGCACCAACAAGACUGAUUUGUUCGUGGCUGAGCUGCCGCCAUCCCUGUUGAUCAACGGCAGCUUCACAGUGGUACUGCGCGGUGUUGACAGUGAGGGGCGGAAGGUGGAGAGAGCGGCUCCACAAGUUGCCACUGUGGUGGGAUCCCUGCUGGAGCUGAGCAGAGACACUCCUGUGUUCCCAGGGAAGCCAGUUUCCAUCGCCUGGAAGUUGACGAAUCCGGGCUCGUUCAAGCAGUACGGUCUGAAAGCGAGCACUGUUCCCCAGCUCCCAGUAAACAUCUCCAGCUCCAGGCUACAGUUAGGCCCUAACCAAACGGCAACAGGGCAGAUGACUCUUCAUGCACCCAGUGCUGCUGUUCCUGGCUCCGUGAUCACCGUAACCCUGCAAGCCAGUUCCCUUCACCCGGCUGGAGAUCCUACAUUUGCUCACAUCCACUUGCUUGUGAUGCCGCCUCCUCCGGUGCACAACCUCUCCUUGCCGUUCUGCAACACCUCUCUGGUAGAUGGUUCCUGCAGUCCUUUGGAGCCCCACUGUCACACCCACCACUGGACAGCCACUUUACGAAUCUGGGAUGAAGCUGGCGUCCACUCCGUGCAGGUCGAGGGAGGAGUUGUGGUACCACACCAAGCUGAUGGGUUGGCUGAGCUGGUCACCUACACCUCGGAUUGUUGCUUGCCGAAGGCCACGUUGGUGGUCACCAACCGCCUUGGAGAGAAAUAUCUGUGCCAAGUGGAAGCACCGGUAGAAAUUCCUGGGAAGGUGGCAGCGUUCCCUGACGUUUCUAGCGAGGGAACUGCUGCUGUUGCAACAUGGUGGCAGGUGUUGUUGGCUUUUAUGGUCACCUGUUUAGCGCUGUGAGACUUCAGGGAAAUGUGUGUUACGCUGUGCCAAAAGGCUGCUUGAUGCAGAGGCUGCCUUCUGCUCUGAGAAUGUGGCAUUUCAGCAAAUUGUGGGCUAAAUCAGCGCCUUGCCGAAAAUGCUUACGAAAAAGAAGGUCCUUGAAGUCUGGGGUACCUUGGAGAGCAGCAGGAGACUGAUCCCAGGAAGGACUUCUGGUGUUGCGCUGGGCCACUGGCGGCCAACAUACAAGAAACCGAGGACUCCCAUCUUCUUGCCUGAUUUUUAAGCUGCUAUCUGGUCUGGACUUUGCGACACAGCUAGCGAUAGAUCUUGCAUCUUGGCCAUUCUCGUGAAAAGAACACGAGAGACAAAACGGUUGCUAUAUCAAGCCAGACCAGAAUGAUCUGCUCCGUGUGGCAGUGACUCUUCAAGGACUGUCAUCUUUUCUGCUGUUCAAGAUCCUGGUGGGACACUGGUGUCUUCUGCAUGCAAAGCAUGCGCAUUCCACAGAGCUGUGGCUGCUCCCAGGGCAGAACAUGGCAGUAAACAGUGUAGGACCCGAACUCGUGGCUAUGGCAUUACUGUCCCCAAAUUCUGACCAGCUAGGCAUCUUUCUCCCCCUCCAGCUGUCUUGUCCUUCAUGUUUUAUGUCUCAUUCGAUUCCUGCAAAGUGAGCAAUCAUUUGUUUGAAUUUUCCCUUCCUGCCUGUGAUUUUAUAGCCUUCAUUUAGCCUUAUUGCUAGAAGAAUAUUUCCUAGGCAUGCAAUCAACUGCCUUGGUUGGGGUUGUGGCCUCUGAAAGUUUUGGUUGGCUCUGCCGUGGUGAGGGGGAUUCCUCCUGGAGCAUAUAUCUCAGCUGGAAGUCUGAUAGGAAUUUGUGACAUGUAAACUAUAGAAGAAGAAAAAGGUGCAUACAUUACGCUGAAUUUAUCACAUCAUUCUGCGUGUCAACAUUAAAAGGCUGCAACUUGCUCGUACCCCUGUUAACUCACCAUCAAUGUAUGCCUGUCUAAUGAAAUUAGUAUGGUAAAAUAAGCACAAACCAAUUCUGUGACAUGAAUUCAAAAGCAAGUCAUUAAAUUGCUUAGGGCCGUUCUCUGCAGACUGCCAGGUGUUUUUCAGUGCCGAAGCAUUCACUGAAAUAGCUCAUUUUGCCUUCGCACCAUUAUUUGCAUUUGUGAGUGGCUGUGCGGUAAGUACAGGUGUUUCUGCCCCUUUUAAUCUGCUCACACUUCAUGGUGACCAGUAGUAAAGAGGGCUUCCUUUGGGGAAGUGGGGGGCUUCUCUUUUAAAGUAAGAUUUCAAAUGCAUUUUUGCCAGAAUUCUGUUAGCCUGGCUUCUUUGCGUGUUGCUCUUUCCUCAUAGGCGCUCAAAGACAACGUUCUUCCUAGCUGGCUUGUGGUUGUCCUCCUAACAUUACAAUGACUAUGGUAGACCUUGCACCUCCGUUUAGUACCUUGGCCUGCUUACACAUUCUUGCAUCUGCUCUCAUCUCUGACACACUCAUGCACCAACCCUACCCAAGACAUGCAUUCCUUGAACAGCCAAGGAUUCCCACUUUUGCUGUUCCUGCGUCCAAGAAUGCCUGUUUAUUCAGAUAUUUAGCCUGCCUGAUCUUUCACAGGCUGAAACCCCCAAAUUAGCAAAGGCGUAAGAUUUCAUCUGAUUCAGUGCAAUGGUUGCCUUCCCUGACUCGACUCUAAGCCCUCAAGGGCAGCCCAAACAGGUUAGACAUUAGGGAACAGGCAGUGAAAGAGAUUCUAGCUCUUCAUUUCUGCAAAUGCAGUGCUUUUUUU